AUGUGUGAACCUGCCCCUCCAAAGCUACACUCAGCCUGGCACUCUUUUCUAGAAUGUCCUGCCCUGCUGCUUCUGCUGUCUUUGCUGCUGCUUCCUCUGGGCCUCCCAGUCCUGGGCGCCCCCCCUCGCCUCAUUUGUGACAGCCGAGUCCUGGAGAGAUACAUCCUGGAGGCCAGGGAGGCAGAAAAUGUCACGGUGGGCUGGGCUCAAGGCUGCAGCUUCAGUGAGAAUAUCACCGUCCCAGACACCAAGGUUAAUUUCUACACCUGGAAGAGGAUGGACGUCGGGCAGCAGGCGGUGGAAGUCUGGCAGGGCCUGGCUCUGCUCUCGGAAGCCAUCCUGCGGGGUCAGGCCCUGUUGGCCAACGCCUCGCAGCCGUCUGAGACCCUACGGCUGCAUGUGGACAAAGCCGUCAGUAGCCUUCGCAGCCUCACCUCCCUGCUGCGGGCGCUGGGAGCCCAGAAGGAGGCCAGCUCCCUUCCAGAGGAAGCUUCUGCUGCUCCACUCCAAACAUUCACUGUUGAUACUUUGUGCAAACUUUUCCGAAUCUACUCCAAUUUCCUGCGGGGCAAGCUGACGCUGUACACAGGGGAGGCCUGCAGGAGAGGGGACAGGUGAC